CACUAGGUUUCGGACGGAAAGCGAUUUAUCACUUGGAAAAGGUCCGCCUUGAAUAUGAAAAAUUAACUUUGGCAUUUUUGAAAGUUAAACGAGUUUAUGAUCACCACUGGAACCGCAAAACUGUCCCUAGAGAUCUUCGAAACCUAUCCGAUACUGGAGGCUAAACGAUAAAAUGAUUUCUUUUACUUCAUCCUGUUCAUCAUACCAGAGGAAAAAAACUUAAGCAUUGGUUUUGGAAAAUUUUGUUUCGUUGCUGAGAAUAAGAAUUUUUUUGAACUCGGUAAAAAAAGUAAGGAUAUACACGCGUAUUUUGCCAUUUUCUCCGUCAAAUCUCAAUUCUUUUGCAAAAUCAGUGUCAUAUUCAAAAGAAAAUUAGCGUCAAAAAUUGAGUUGUAUGAGAUGUGUUCGGAAUUUUUGAAUAAUUCUGAUUUGUUUUCACUUUCUAGAUCAAAAUCUUUUGCUGACGAUUUUAGCUUUCAGAAGUCUUAAAGUUAAUUUUUCAUAGUCAGUUUUAGAUGAAAACUCAGAAAAAAAUAGUUUGGAAAAAAUUUUGAAAAAAAUAAUAAGUGAACAAAUUUUCCUUAUUUUUCAAAAAGAACAAUAAUCUUUCUCUCUUUUUCAAUUGUGAACAUCUUAAUUCUGCUUUUGGAACUGAUACAUACAUAUACUACAUAAUAGAAAGAGGAAAUAAAAUGACUUUUAUACGGAUCUGGUUACAAAAAUCCGGAAGUUAGAAUGCUUGUGUGUGUUAUAUUUGUAUUAAUAGAAAUCUAUUUUGAAUAAAGUGGAGCAAAGGAACAAAGCGAACUUUUGAAAAUGAAGCGUCUUUCUUCAAAGAACCAUUGAUUACAUGAAAAAUGUAGAUAGGAUACAAAAUGAGAUCAUAAAUGUACAUAAUACAGAACUUAUAAUUAGACUUUGAUUCGGCUUAUUAGCAGUGAGAAAUAUCCACUAAUUGUUAGAAUGAUUAAAAAAACAUGAACGUUUUGUCUUCGUUUUUUUUUUAAACAGCAUGAAAAAUCUUUAAUUUUAUAUCAUUAAAAAAAAGAAAAAAAAUAUUAUCAUCUAAAUAAACGUAAGUGCUAUCAACACUACUAUACUUUAGAUUUAUCUAUUUGAUGUUUAUCUGUGAAGUUGGACACUAUAUUGGUCAAAUUACAAAUGUAAAAUAAUUAUCUUCACUUUAAUGACAUGAUAGUUCAAAGUAACGAUAAAAAAACGAUUAAAAUUGUAGUCAUCAUUUAAAAACAUGAUUUCUAUUUAAAAGUUGAAUGAUAAUAAUUUACUUUAUUUUUGUUUGAUAUAAUUAAGUUCGUACAGAACUUAAUUAUCUCAAACAACUUGUUAGAACUUGUAAGAAGAGAAUGGUUAACAUAAACCUAAAAGUUUAAAAACAAAAUUUCUGAACGAGAGAACGUGAACGCUUUUCAUCCAAACCUGUUACACAAACACUUUCUUUCUCUUCUUUCAUCUUUUAUUUCUUCUCUUUGUUUUUUGAACUAGACCUAAUGAAACUUCUUGUAACCAAGAACUUGACUUCUUGAAUUUUUUCAAUAAGAUCUUGAUUAAAAAAUAUAAGAAUUCAAAAUGUCAAGAUCUUAAACAUCUUGUAAUUGCUUGAUUUCUUGUAUAAAAAUCUUGAAAAUUCUUGAAUCAUCAUUUUGUUUUAUACUCUUGUGUCAAUAUAAGUGCCAAUAUUUUCACACUUCGAAUAACUUUGAAUUUAUUUUCGUUCUUGAGUAGAGUUAUUUAAGAAAAAAAGAAUCUAUGACUCUAUGUGAUCGUAUAUCCGAUGGCUAUGACUGUCAUAAAUAAACACAAAAUGUAAAGAAAUUAUUUUUUCACUCAGAUUCUCCCAAUAGCUUCAGUGGAUUUACUCAAAAUCUUGAAAUUUCUGUUCCCAAUAUUUAAGAGAAAGAUUUAAGAAUCCAAAAUCUUGACUUCUUGGUGUUUUUUUCCAAGAUUUUGGGUACUGGAAGUUCCACUAGGGUAGAGUAACACCUUGCAAAAUAGCUUUUUCGAACUAUGUACAGGAAAACUUUAGUCGUAAGAAAAUAUGAUCUUUGACAACAUUUUUGAUUCAAAACCUCAAUUUCUUUAUUUACUAUUAUAUAGAAUAGAUGUUUCACAGAAUCUAAAUGCUAAUCAUUUUUUAGAAUUAAAUCAAAUUGAAUUUUAUUUUUUUUAUUUGAGAGAUUGUGCCAGUUAAGAAAAUCGUAAAUAAAGGAGGAAAAUUUUGCUUCUACAUAGGCGUUUGGUCCAUUAAAUCUCUUAAAAUCAAGACAUUUUCAGUAAACCCCUCUCCUCUUCCCAGAAUAGAAGGCCAUGGCCUUCUAUUAUGUUUUCUCACAUCACACUUUUUUCGGUGAAAAACUUUUGAAGCGUUUUUCAAAAAUUUUCGCUCCAAACACUGGCCUUCUAUUUUGUGGUGGCGGAUUAUUGCGAAAGCUAUUUUAAAUACACGUUCUUUUUUUGUUUAGUACUUGAACUAUGAAAUUGUUUUAGAUAUUUUAUUAUAACAACUCGUUACUACCUUGAUUUAAUUAUAUUCUUCUAAAUUCGAACGACUCUAUUUUUUCUUUUCUUAAUUAAGUUGUAAUUAUUUGAUUAAAUGAGCUUGUAACGGAUUGUUUGAUCUUCGAUAUUUAUUUAUUUAUUUUUUCCUAUUUUUUGCUAUUCUCUUGUUUCUUUUUAUUGUAAGCAAAACAGAAAUCAAUUAGUAUCUUCAGUUAUAUAAUUAUUUCAUCAAGUAUUUUGUAUAUUUAUUUUGUUAAUGAGAAAAAGGUAUUGAGGUGUAUCAUCAUGGUUGAUUACUAACGAAGGAGAAAAAGAAAAAGACGAGAAGAAUGAAAGACGAGUGAAACAAAUAGCAUAUUGUUCUAUGAAAAGAUGUUAUAAUUUGUUAAAAAAACAAUAAAAACAAAAAUAUUGUCACAGUAAUUAACGUUAAUCACUGUACAUCUUUUAUCUUGUUUUUUCUUAAUUAUUUUCUAGAUAUAAAGUUCGAUUAGGCUAUGAAUUAUUAAUAAUGGAACAAUUACCAUUUUUAUGUAAUGAUUCUUUAUUAAAAAAUUCAAAUUAUAUUAAUUCUGUACCACCACCAUUACCACCUGGUUAUUUACAAUUAACGGCAUUAUUUAUUUAUACUAUUCUUAGUAUAUUAACUAUUACAAGUAAUAUAUUUGUAUGUCUUGUCGUAUUUUAUUAUCAACGUAUGGUAACCGUAACAAAUUUAUUUAUUGUUAAUUUAGCUAUUUCUGAUCUUUUAAUUGGAAUAUUUUGUAUACCCAUUGUACUUAUUUCCGAUUAUUUACUAUCUAAUUGGCCAUUUGGUACAUUUAUGUGUAAAUAUUUUAGUUUUGCUCAAUCUGUUUGUGUUAUGUGUACCGUAUAUACUCUUAUUGCUAUGUCUAUUGAUCGUUAUUUAGCUGUUGUACAUCCAAUGAAUCAAUUAAAAAUUACACAAGGACAAUGUAAAAAAUUAUUAGCUCUUUUAUGGUUAUUUGCUAUAUCAUUUUCUAUACCUGUCUAUAUUGAAAUGAAUACAAGACGUGUUUGUUAUAAUCGUGGAAAUAAAAUUCAUUUACAAACAAUUUGUGAAGCAAAUGGUAUAUCAAAAUCAUUACAAACAGCGUAUAAUAUAACAUCGAUUAUAAUGAUCUAUUUUAUACCAUUAGUUGUAUUAUCUAUUGUUUAUAUUCGAUUAGGACAAGCAUUAAAUAAAAGUCGUGCACCUGGUGAAGCACAUUCAGAAAGAGAUGCUAAAAUGGAAAAAUCAAAACGAAAAGUUAUAAAAAUGUGUUGUGUCGUUGUUAUUAUGUUUGGUAUUUGUUGGUUACCAAUGCAAAUAUAUAUUAAUAUUUUAAGACAAUUUUUAGAAGUUAAAGGCUAUAAAUACAUUCCACAUAUUUAUUUUGCAUUUCAUAUAAUGGCCAUGUCUAAUUCAUGUAUUAAUCCAUUCAUUUAUGGUGUAAUGAGUUCAAAAUUUCGAAAUGGUUAUAUCUAUUUUUUAAAAUGUAAACAAUGGUCAUCUAAAAAAAAACCAAAACGUAGUUCAACAAAAAUACAUCUUGAUCAACGAUCAUUUAAACUCUUAUCAAAUAGAACAUCAGGAGUCGAUUAA